AUGUUUCGCAACUUGGGUCUUAGGAACCAGUUUAUUAGGAAGCUUGCAACCAGCUUGCCAAGCACAAGAACGUCGGUGUUGUCUAAUGGACUCACGGUAGCGACUGAAAUGAUCCCGAACACUUCGAGCGCAACGGUCGGUAUAUUUGUAGAUGCCGGAUCAAGAGCCGAAAACGUAAAAAACAACGGAACGGCACAUUUUCUCGAGCAUUUGGCUUUCAAGGGAACAAAAACUCGCUCUCAGGUCGGAAUUGAAUUGGAAAUCGAAAACAUUGGGUCGCACUUGAAUGCCUAUACGUCGAGAGAAAACACAGUGUAUUAUGCCAAGACGCUAACUCAAAACAUCCCAAACGCAGUAGACGUUUUGAGCGACAUUCUGACAAAGUCAGUGCUCGACAAAUCCGCCAUAGAACGGGAGCGAGAUGUCAUUAUUCGUGAGAGUGAGGAAGUCGACAAAAUGUACGACGAGGUUGUUUUUGACCACCUGCAUGCCAUCACUUACAAAAACCAACCACUAGGACGUACCAUCUUGGGUCCCAUCGAAAACAUCCAGACCAUUCAGCAACGCGAUCUGCAGGAAUACAUCUCCACCAACUACAAAGGUGAUCGUAUGGUGCUUGCUGGAGCGGGCGCAGUCAAUCACGAAGAGCUUGUAAAAGCUGCUGAGAGGUUUUUUGGGCACAUUCCUAAAUCUGAAUCACCUGUUCCUUUAGGAUCUCCUCGUGGUCCUCUUCCCAUUUUUUACGGAAAUGAACUCAAGAUCCAGGAAGACACGCUACCCACGACCCAUAUAGCAUUGUCAGUCGAGGGUGUUUCGUGGUCUGCUCCAGAUUAUUUCACUGCUCUUGCUACUCAGGCUAUCGUCGGCAACUGGGAUAGAGCCUUAGGGACUGGCACAAACUCACCUUCACCCUUAGCCGUUGCGGCCUCCAAUAAUGGAACUUUGGCCAAUUCUUACAUGUCUUUCUCCACAUCCUACGCGGACUCUGGCCUGUGGGGAAUGUACAUUGUCACAGAUUCGAAAGAGCACAAUAUCAAGCUCAUUAUCGAUGAAGUGCUGAAGGACUGGAAAAGAAUAAAGAGCGGGAACAUUACGGAUGCCGAAGUGAGGAGGGCAAAAGCUCAACUGAAGGCUUCUCUAUUACUGUCCCUCGAUGGCUCCACGGCUAUCGUCGAAGACAUUGGAAGACAAAUAGUCACUACUGGUAAAAGGCUAUCUCCCGAGCAAGUUUUCGAGCAAGUUGACCGUAUAACUAAAGAUGACAUUAUAACUUGGGCUAACUACAGAUUGAAAGAUAAGCCUAUAUCCAUAGUAGCUUUAGGAAACACCAAGACUGUUCCAUCUUUGAGUAAUAUUGAAAGAGGUCUAAAUAUGUAG